AUGGCAUCAGUGUCAUCUAUCUUUAACUACCGACGCUCUAAUGCAUUUCUAUUUAUCUUGGGUCUACUGUCAGGGUUUAUUUUUGUCCGGGUAUUGAAUGGUUACAGAUUUUCCCAUUUUGACCCAUCGAAACAUUUUGAAAGCCUGGAGCUUGAAUCGUCUCAGACUGGCCAAAUGCAUCACUACACUGAUACACUUCUUGCUGAUGAACUGGCGAAAAGGGUGAGAGUUUACGCCUUAAUUCUCACAAUGCCGCCUUCAAAACUAACCAAAGCUGUUCAUGUAAAAGCGACAUGGGCACGAGCAGUUGAAGUUGAGAGUCGAGGGGUUUUGUGGGAGAAGACACGGCAAGCCUUCAUACACGCCAAGAAAAAUCUCCUUGAUAAGUACGAUUUCUUUAUGAAGGCCGACGAUGAUUCCUAUGUUAUUGUUGAAAAUCUUCGCUUUAUUCUCUCUAAAAUGAACCCCAAUGAACCCUUUAUUAUGGGACGGCGAUUUAAAGUGAGUUUUUGCUAA